UCAUUCCUCGCCAUACAUCAGCUAACCAUCAUAGCCUCAAAACCAAAAGAAAAAAAUGGCAAAAAUCUUCAUCACAAUCGUCCUGAGCUUCUCCGCUCUUCUGGCCAUCUCCGUAGGAGCCGCCACUUUGAAGCAGCAAGCUGAUGCUCGGAUCCAAGUUGUCGAGGACAUCGCAGCGUUCCGAGCUGCCAAUCCGGCUAUUAAGCUGAUACCGAUGGAACUUUCCCAAACCAAAAAUGCUCGCCAACAGAUCACCUAUACGGUUGGAAAUCGCCAGUCCGGAGAUCGAUUGGUAUCGGUCAAUCAGGAUUCCGCUUCCUGGCCAACGCUGCAGGAUGUCAAGCUGACGCUGUCCUAUCCGGUGUCCGGAGUCGGUGCCGUCGUGACGUACGUAGAGAUUGUGGUCCAGCAGUCGUCCAACAAGGGCCGAGGAUACGUCGUGGCCGGAGGUGUCGGGCAACGUUUCAUUCAGGUCAUCAUCGAGGCCAAUGCAACCAGCUACUUCUCCUAUAGUGCGCAAAUUUUCGGGAGGUAGAUUUACCACACCGUGGGAUAGGAAGAGAUUAAAUAAAAUUUAAACGCCUUUUUAUAAAAUUAAAA